CCAGGAAUCUUUAUAACAAGAACAUCAGGACAGGAAGGAUUCAGAAGAAACGUGCUAUGUCUUUAAAAAUGCUGGUGAAGUUACAGGAGGAGGGGACCUGUUCCAUCUGUCUGGAGUUGUUGACAAAACCUCUGAGUUUGGGUUGUGGCCACAGCUUCUGCCAGGCCUGCAUCACUGGAAACCAGGAGGCAAAGAACACAGGAAUGGAGAACAGCUGUCCUGUGUGUGGUGUCAAAUACUCCUUUGGAGACCUGUGGCCUAAUCAGCAUCUGGGCAACAUAGUGGAGCACCUCAGAGAACUCAAGUUGAGCCAGAAUCGUGAGGAGGAGCUAAAGAGAGAUCUUUGUGAGCACCAUGGAGAGAAACUACUGCUCUUCUGUAAGGAGGAUAGGAAGGUCAUUUGUUGGGUUUGUGAGCAGUCUAAAGAACAUCAUGGUCACCACAGUUUCCUUAUGGAAGAGGUAGUCAAGGAAUGUCAGGAGAAACUCCAGGCAGCUCUGAAGAGGCUAAGGAAGGAGCAACAGUUAGCUGAGAAACUGGAAGUUGAUAUCAGAGAAGAGAAAAUUUCCUGGAAGUAUCAGAUACAGAUGGAAAGACAAAGGAUACACACAGAAUUUAAUCAGCUUAGGAGCAUCCUGGACUAUGAGGAACAAAGAGAACUGCAAAAAUUGGAGGAGGAGGAGAAGACGACAUUGGAUAACUUAGCUGAGUCUGAGGCUGAGUUGAUUCAACAGAGCCAGUUGCUGAAAGAGCUUAUCUCAGACCUGGAGCGUCGCAGUGAAUGGUCAGAGAAGGAGUUGGUGCAGGACAAGAGUGGAAUCAUGAAAUGGAGUGAGAUCUGGACACUGAAGAAGCCAAGACCUGUUUCCAAGAAGCUGAAGAGUGUAUUCCGUGCUCCAGAUCUGAGUGGGAUGCUGGACGUGUUUAGAGAGCUAACACACGUCCAGUGCUAUUGGGUGGACAUUACACUGAAUCCAGUGAAUCUAAAUUUGAAUCUUGACCUUUCAGAAGAUCAGAGACAAGUUACACCUGUGCCAAUUUGGCCUCUGAAGCAUCAUAAUUAUGGCAUCGUGAGCUCCCAGUAUUUCUUCUCAGGUAGACAUUACUGGGAAGUAGAUGUGUCCAAGAAGACUGCCUGGAUCCUGGGGGUAUACUCUGGGACAUGCCCCCACAAUGGCCAGUUUGACAUUACACAAAACACAGAUCAUGGAAAUGUUUACUCCAGAUACAGACCUCGAUUUGGCUACUGGGUUAUAGGGCUACAGAACCAGUCUGAGUACAGUGCCUUUGAGGACUCUGCCACCUCUGACCCCAAGGUCUUGACUCUUUCUGUGGCUGUUCCUCCUCGUCAGAUUGGGGUGUUCCUAGACUAUGAGGCAAGCAUUGUCUCAUUUUUCAAUGUCACAAAUCAUGGGUCACUUAUGUACAAGUUCUGUAAAUGUCGCUUUUCUCAGGCUGCUUACCCAUAUUUUAAUCCUUGGGACUGUCCAGCUCCCAUGACCCUGUGCCCACCAAACUUCUGAAUCUUCUGUCCCCUCCCCCGCUCCUUAGAGGUUGCCUCUUGGCACCUGAGCUCAUCUGCACCCCUCACACCAUCUUUUCUUUUGCUGAUUUCCCACGUACCUUUAGACUUUUUUACA